CCGCCGUCAAAGACCAAACGCCGAAACAGUUUUCAAGCCCGUGUGACCAAUAUCAGCAAUCUGCGUUUGACCCAGAAAUCCGGCACUGUCGGUGCACGGGUUCGCUCCCGACAGCCUCUACUCACUACUCAACAAUCUCAGCUUCGAACUACAAUGACGGACAAACAACAAUUGCAACCGAUGGGUAACGAAAAUCAACCGUACAUGCAAGCGUGUAUAUUCAAAGUGGGUGAUGAUGUGCGGCAAGAUAUCCUGGCUCUUCAAGUGUUACGCGUAUUCAAGAGCAUUUUCCGUGAUUGCGGUCUGGAAUUGUUCGUUUAUCCGUACAAAGUUGUGGCCACUGCUCCGGGACGUGGCGUCAUCGAAUGUGUUCCAGAUAGUAAAUCGCGUGAUCAGAUCGGUCGUCACACGGACGCUGGAAUGUACGAGUAUUUUAUCAGCACAUUUGGAAACGAAACUACCCCGGCAUUCCAACUGGCCCGUCGAAACUUCAUUCUCAGUAUGGCAGCCUACAGCGUUUUUUGCUAUUUGCUUCAAGUGAAGGAUCGUCACAAUGGGAAUAUCAUGCUCGACAAACACGGACACUUAAUUCAUAUUGAUGACUCGAACAGUUCUCUACUCAGGCGUUUUGAUGCGUUUCUCUUACUGAGCACUCCUUGUGAUAAACGGUUUUUGCACAUAUUUGAAUAG